AUGCGGACCCGUCAGUUGGGCCUACAAAGUCGAGGUGCACGGUGUGCCAAGGUGUGCUCGGUCUGUCCCAGUCUGGUGCUGGAGCUCGUGGCGGAAGGGUAUGAAGACGAUUUUGUCGCCAAGCUCACAGUGGACCGGUGGUCCCCACAGAUACGUAGGCUUCCGUUCUUCUUCCUCACUCCAACCAGAGAAACAAAUUGCAUUUCUUUUACCAGGACUAAGGAAGCGCAGGAGGUCUAUGAGCGAGCCCUUUCACUGGAUGCCACAAACCCCGACAUCUUGUACAAUCUUGGCGUUGUGUUUUUGGAGCAAGGCAGACCAGGGGAUGCGCUCAUGUACUUCAACAAGGCCUUGGAAUUGGACCCUGAUCAUGAGCAAGCGCUGAUGAACUCUGCCAUUCUUAUUCAAGAGAGUGGGAACUCAAAGCUCCGUCAACUGGCAUUUGAAAGGUAAAGAUCUCGCUUCUUCAGUCAGAUUUACAGCAUAUGUAGUACUGGAGGCAUUCUUGAA